UUCCACAAAAAAAUGGCUACUUCAAAACUUCGCAAGUGACGUGUGACCUAAAAUUAAUUUUUACUGUUUUCAUGCAUUUUUCCAAUUCAAUUUUCUUCUUUAGUUUAAAUCUUUCAAAAAACUCUUAACUUCAAAUUAAAACAUUACUUUGCAAUCUUAAUUAAGGUCACAAAAUAAAUAGAGAAAAAUUAAUUCUCAAAAUGUCAGUGCUGGAAAAAAGAAUGAUUUCCAAAUAAAAAUGUGUUUGUUUAGGUUAACAUAAAUUACAAAAACACACAAAUUCCAAUUCCCAAUCUCGGUUUUCGAAUUUGAAGAACUCCAAUAAAAAGUUCUUGAAAUGAAAAAUAAACUUAUUCAAAAGAUGGAAACAAAUUCUUCUGAUUACUCCGAUGAAAAACCUUCAGUGAAUCUCACUGUCACUGCACACCAUUCGUCAGGUGCGGGCGGAGUUGGAGGCGGUGGCAGUAUGAGCGUGGAGCUGUGUUUGGUAUGCGGCGAUCGUGCCUCUGGUCGUCACUAUGGAGCCAUCAGUUGUGAGGGCUGCAAGGGUUUCUUCAAGCGAUCGAUUCGCAAACAACUCGGCUACCAGUGUCGCGGGGCAAUGAACUGUGAGGUCACCAAACACCAUCGCAACCGAUGCCAGUUUUGCCGAUUGCAGAAAUGUUUAGCCAGCGGCAUGAGAAGUGAUUCCGUCCAACAUGAAAGGAAACCGAUUUUGGAUAAGAAGGAGCCCCAAGCGAGCUCUGGGAAUAGUACAAACACCGGCAGUCCGUCGUCGAGCUAUCAACGGGGAAAGGCCUACAUUCACUCACCCACGUCGGCGGCGGGAGGACUGAGUGGGUCAGCGGCCGCUGCUGCAGCCUUAUCGAUUGAUAGCAAAGUGACGCCGAGCGUCUUCCCACCUAUUCCCAGUUUUAAUUUUGCAGAUUUAACACAGACUUUAAUGUUUGCUCAACAGCAACAGCAGCAACAACAACAACAGCAAUCCCAGCAAGUACCUAAAAUUGAAAACUAUUGUUAUUCCCCCGAAGAACCUACCAUUGACGAGGAUUCCAUGGACAAUAGUACACUGUGUGCCGCGAGUAACAACAAUAACAAUAAUAACAACAACAAUAAUAAUAACAACAGCAAUGCAAGUGUCCUGAACACCCCUGUCUCAGAAAGUCUUCCAACGGCUGCUGCCUCAUCAGUGCAUCUCAUACAAACGUCAAUCGACAAGACGAUCAUUGGGAAGUCACUGGAACUUCUGAAUGCUGUGCAGCUCCACUACGAUCGCAGUGGAGGCUCACAGUUCGAUGGCCUCGUAAAGAGUGAAAUUGACGAUGAAAUGGACGACGAGAGUAUUGAGAAUUGUACCCUCCUCGAUGAAGGAAUCUUCGAUGGACCCCUUCUGCAAGAUCAGCAGGUGGCUUUCAUCCUGCAAGUGCCCUCGCUAGUGUCCACCUAUCUCAACAACCACUACGUCUGUGAGAGCAGUAGUCGAAUAAUAUUUCUAACCGCCUACUGGAUGAAAAAAAUCAUCGCAUUCGAUCAGUUGGACGACAAGAUCCAGACGAAGCUGAUGCGACGGCAUUGGCCGCAGUUGUUUGCCUUAGCGCUGGCGCAAUGUACAGUUCUGUCCAUUGGCACGAUCAUGAGCACACUCGUGGCCAAUAUCCGGCAGCUCUCCGAGGUUGAAAAAAUCGAACCCGAUAAGAUUCGUAAGCUCUGUGAGCACACUCUUCGACUGCACGAAUUCAUCGAGACAGUGAAAACACUCGACAUGCACGACUAUGAAUUCGCCUAUCUGCGAUUGAUACUCGUAUUCAAUACCGACGGAGCUGUCAACAUCAAAGACAUAAAUGGCCGGAAUUACAUUAAACGAGUGCAGCUCCAUGCAAUGAUGGGCCUACGCAAUUAUCUCACCGAGACCAUCCCGCUGCAGGAUGAAAUGGAGGAGCGAUUCAAUAGUAUCAUCCUGCGCCUGAUGCCACUGUGUGCCUUGGAAGCUGAUGUUGUCGAAGAAUUAUUCUUUGCCAAUCUAAUUGGACAAAUUCAGAUUGAAAAUAUGAUACCUUACGUACUUAAGUUGUGUAGCAACGGAGUUUGAGUAAAAAAUUUAAUUUUGUUUCUUUAAAAAGAAGAAAAAGGCAAUGCAAUAAAUUUAGAAUAAAGUAAAGAUAUUUAUACAAACAAACAAAUUAAAAAGAAAAUUGGUUUUGUUAUAAACAAAUUCCUUUUUUCUUUUUUCUAAAAAUGCAAAUUUUAAAAACUGCAUUAUCCCAAAAGGGUAGAAAAGCCCACAAUAUAUAUUAAUUUGUAUAAGAUAAAUAAAUAUACGGACUGAGUAGAUUUUAUUAUUAAGUUUAAAUAUAAAUAAAUUUAAAUAUAUAAACAAAAAGAUAUUUUAGAAGAAUAAAAAAGAAAGAAUAUAUAUACAUAGGUUACAAAUUUUGAAGAAAAAAAAAGAACUAUGAGAACAAAAGAACAAUUGUAAGACUUUUUUAUAUUUUUAGUUUUUAUUUUUAAUUUAAAUAUUACUGUUAAACAUUUGUGUUUUGUAAUUUCGUCACUAUUAUAUAGAAAGUUAUAUACAUAUAAAUAUAUAUAUACAUAAAUUAAGAAAAUAGAAAUGAUCAAAUAAUAAACUAUUGAAUUUAA